AUGGCUACUACAAAAGAGGGAAAUCCCACAGACUAUUUGGCUCAUAUGUCAGAAUUAGACUCUCCUGUCGAAGUGGAGGACUAUGAAUCUAUGCCAUCCACGGCACCACUGUCAUCUCAGUUGAUGGCAGGUGCAUUUGCUGGGAUCAUGGAACAUAUGGUGAUGUUUCCCGUGGAUUCAUUAAAGACUCGAAUACAAUCCUCUUCGAGUCCCUUAAAAUUGAUGUCUUCUAAUAUCAGCACACAAUUAAAAAAUAUUAUACAUACCCAAGGGUAUUUAGCCCCUUGGAAAGGUGUUCAAGCCAUCUUAGUUGGUGCUGGCCCAGCCCAUGCGAUUUAUUUUGCUACUUACGAAGCUUGCAAGAGCAGAUUAAUUAAGGAGAAUGAUACGGGGUAUCAUCCCUUUAAAAUUGCAUUAUGUGGUGCAACUGCUACUACUGUAUCUGAUUUUCUUUUCAAUCCCUUUGAUACUGUCAAACAAAGAUUACAACUGAAUUAUAAUGGUAGGAUAUGGAAUAUGACAAAGACUAUAUAUCAAAAUGAAGGGUUAGCUGCAUUUUAUUAUUCUUAUCCAACAACAAUCGCUAUGGAUAUUCCAUUUGCAGCAUUCAACUUCGUCAUUUAUGAAUCUACUACCAAGUUUUUCAAUCCAACAAACUCUUAUAAUCCUUUCAUUCAUUGUCUUUGUGGUGGGAUUAGUGGUGCAACCUGUGCGGCUAUUACUACCCCAUUGGAUUGUAUUAAAACCAUUCUACAAGUAAGGGGUAGUGAAACCCUUGGAUCAGGCCAAUUGAAAAAGGCAAGCACAAUGACCGAAGCUGCUAAAGCUAUUUACUCAGUAAGAGGCUGGAAAGGCUUUGUUCGUGGGAUGAAACCAAGGGUCAUUGCAAACAUGCCUGCAACAGCUAUUUCUUGGACUGCUUAUGAAUGUGCUAAGCAUUUCUUAAUGAGAGGCAGUACUACACCUGAAGAAGAAUCAUUAGUUUGA